ACAACAAGGAUUGUACAAGGCAAUGAAGGACAAAUUGGCAGCACAUACCAAUUCCAGAUGUCUCUCCACUCAGCAAUGUGUCGAUCUAGUAAAAUCUUUGCCACCCCGUUACGUUUACCUAAACUCUGUAGUAGGAUUAAAAGCCGCCAUAAGAAAAGAUUACAUGGAAACGCGGCAGUGCAAACUGACUAUAGCUGGAGAAGACCCAUUAGUGAAACAGGUUGUCGGUUGGGGACUAGCUAAACACAGCCCUUAUCUGGAGGAAUUCAAUCGAGGAACCGCACGUCUUUUUGAAUUAGGAUUAAUAUCUUUGUGGCAGAACUGGUAUGAGCCAAAUUCUAAGCCUUGCUAUGACGACAGGAAAAAUAGCGGUGAAAACAAGAACAAGGAAAAGCCCCUGGUUCGAUUGUCUUUGACCAAUUUGACAGGGGCAUUUGCUGUUUUAGCUUUUGGAUGUGCCUUGUCCUUCCUAACUUUCUUAGGAGAAAUUAUAAUUUUCCAUGGAAAAAACAAUUGGACUUCGAGGAAUUGAAUUUUAACCCGCCAAGGAAGCCGGGAUAA